UAUCUGGUAAUUCACCGCUUGUGGCAGAAGCGCGGGCUCUUCUUGUGGUUUCGCUUCCGAGAAAUUGUGUUACCACUGUCAUUAGAGAAAGCCUUUCUCGGUGUUGAUAUGAAUUAGCUGCUCGGAAGCAGCGGCAGAACUAACUUUCAACUUCAAGCGAGCCUUGGCGCUUCUUGAAAGACGAUCUCGCUUGUCUGUUCGUUCUCAUUUGGCGGCAAACUAUGGCUUCUACGCCAUCACACUUCGCACUCGAAGCAGCAGCAACGAGCACCAGCACCAGUACCAGCUCGGUCAAUUCUCCAGCAAACGCGUCGACCUUGGGAAUACCGACAGGGCCGCCCUCCACGACAGCCACGUUCUCCCCCGUCACUUUCGCCGCAGCCGUCGGCGCAUGCGUCCUCGUCUUCGUCAUCAUCUCGCUCCUCGUCUACCUCAUGCGACGGUUCAAAUGUCACCAACCAAUAGGCGGCGACCUACCGAACCCGCAGCCGCCGCAUCGCGUCUGGGUUCGCAUCGGCGGGAGCAACAAUUCCGCGAAAUGCGCUGCAGCUGCGGGCCUCGACGCGUCGCUGAUUCGUUCCUUCCCUGUUAUGAUCUACAGCUCGGAAAAAUCGGCAGCGGCGGCAGCGGAACUCACGGAAAACCUCGUGUCGCACUCCGAGUCGCAAGAAUUGCACAAACAGGUUCAGCCUGUCACAACGGUUGUUGUUGCUGACGGCGACUCGGAAUCCAUUGAUUUGGCUGGCGAGACCGACAAUUGCGCCGCCAUUUCCGUCACCAAUCCCGCUCAUCACGUGGUUGUCACCCUGGACGAAGAUAACGCGUGUCUACGCGAGUGCGCCGUGUGUCUGGGUGAUUAUGACGAAGGUGAACGUAUCAAGCUGCUGCCGCCGUGCGGCCACCGCUUUCACGCGGACUGCAUCGACCUAUGGCUGUCCUCUAAAAGCACCUGCCCGAUUUGCCGGAAAGACCUUCGUCCCGAUUCGGUAGCGGCCGGCGACGCAUGCGAAAAGCCGUUACAAAAUGAUGACGAGGAAUUGCGAAACGCGCGGCGAAGACUGAGCGAAGCCGUGGAGGCUGGGGAGCGGAUCGUCACGGUUUUCGUGAACGAAGAGAGUCGCGAAACCAGUGAUGUCGAGGCUGGUAGUCGCGAUGGGCCCGCGCGACUAGAGGCUGUAGUUUUGCGGAGAGACAGCGAAAAUGGCGUUGACGUAACCGUGGUCAUGCGAAGAGAUGGCGACGAGCCGCGAGAAGCGCCAACCGUCAUCGCAGCUAUCGCAUAGCGCCAAGAAGUAUCGUUUAGAACGGUCCAAGAAUCUAGUUCUCCUGGCUGUUACCGACCCGCCGAUAGUCGACGACUUAAUGACGCGUACGCGAAAUCGCGUAGCUCAUGUCAUGCUCCUCCUAAGUAUCCGUUGGUACAGAGAUUAGGACGGACGGAGAGCGGAACGGGAAUCAGCUUAGCUUACCAGCUGUCAUCUCACGCUGGUGACCCGGGGGGUGUCUCUGUUCCAACCAAUUUUCCCAACCCCCCACAAUUUUGACUCCUAUUUGUAUAUGUAUAUGGAUGCAGUAUCAU